AUGGCUAGUGAAGGUGAGCGUACCCCUUGCGGUAGCUCAGAUCCCUCCAAUGUCGAAUUAAGCUCUCCGGUUAUUGAUCCUUUGUUGCUUGCUCUGGCUGAGCCCGAUAUAAUGGCACCUGUUGCAAAUGGAUUGGACCUUGCUGCAGCCUCUGGUAGUAGUGGCUUCUCUGUAAAUCACCAUGGUCGCAAUCAUGUCUCCGGUAAGAAUCUGCUCUACGGUCGCGUUGAAGAUGCCAUGAGAGGUGCAGCUGAGUGGUCUGUUCUACAAACAGCACACCUCAGGCCAUCCCAAACCUCCUCCAGAAUUGCAUAUGCACAAUUUUCUAGAUUGGUGGAAGAUUUAAUAGCGGAACGUGUUUCACAUGAGACAAAUUGCUGGCUUUUUGUAGUGGCUCAGCAUCCACAAGCCAAUGCCCAUUUUAUUCACUAUACGUCCCCUCGCAUGCAUUGUGAAGCCAAGGCGGAAACAAACAAGAUUGUCCAUACCUUUUCUACUGUCAUCAACAACCUAAUUCUUGCAAGACGAGCCAAGGCUCUUGAGUUGGCACAGAAAUUGUCUGAAGCCAAUGAAUCCAAGAAAGAAGCGGAUGCCGAGCUGGCAAGAAAGGAAGCUCUGAUUGCAGAAUAUUGA